GAAUCUAGGCUAUCAUUCUAGCGUUUCUUUUUAAAACAGCUCUAUUGUAUCUAUGGUAUGUAUUUUAAAUUGACCACUUAGGCUGGCCUUGAACUUGCCAUGUAGCUGAGGUCAUUGAGGAUGAUCUUAAACCCCCGGUUCUCUCCUCCCUAUCUCUUAACUCCUGGGAUUAUGCCCUGGAGUCUAUAUUUAAAAAAGAAAAUCUUUCUUUCCUUUUAAUGAUUUAUUUUUUAUUUUGUGUGCAUUGGUGUUUUGCCUGAAUGUAUGUUUGUGUGACAGUUUUGGAUCUUCUGGAACUGGAGUGACACACAGUUGUGAGCUGCCAUGUAGAUGCUGGGAAUUGAACCCGUCUUUUGGGAGAGCAGUCAGCAUGUUCUUAAACACUGAGCCACCUCUCCAGCCCCUAUUUUUUUUUUUUUAUAACUAAUAAGUAUUGUGUUCUAUGUAAUUUAGGGGGUGGGGACUUCUCACUUCUUGUUGCAAUUUUGGGAGAGAGUUCUCAAAGGUCUGGUAUUUUCUAUUUUAGUUUUCGGUGUGUGUGUGUGUGUGUGUGUGUGUGUGUGUGUGUGUGUGUGAUUAAUGGUUUCAUUCUGUAGUCUAGGCUGGCUCUGAACUCUUGGAAAUCCUUCCUUACUCUCCAGAAUGUUGGAACUUCAGGUGUGAGCAACUGUGUCCCACUUUUGCUCAUCCUGCUGGUGACAUAUGCUUGCCCAGGGGUGACUUACUGGUCAGGCAGUGGACUGGGAACCACAUGAAACUUACGAGAGGAUCAAGGGAGGCCUGAAAGCUGUGGCUGCAAUUCUGGCCCAGUGUGGCCCAGGCAGGCUGCGGCUUCUCUAACUGGACCUUUGUUUUGUGGGUGGGCAGCCACACCCAACACUGAUAUCAGGUAUGGCAGCUCCCUUGAGUGGUUUGUGUUACUGUGGCGACCCCUAGCGGAGGGAGGCACAGAGGUCAUGAGCGUUCCGGUUCGCGAGCCAUUACACUGUUUUUCUGGUUAGAAUACUCUUCAAGGGCUUAACAAAUAUCCUUUACAGAGAUGGGAAACAAGGCUAUCCCACUAACGAGAACACACUUUCUCACAUAAAUAACACACAUCUAGACAAAGUCUGAUGUUUUGUUUUUCAUGUAGCCCAGGCUAACCUCAAACUCCCUAUAUAGAUAAGGAUGACUUUGACCCCUCUCCACUCCCUCCCCAUUCUCUUGCUUCUAUCUCCCAAGCACUGUGAUUAUGGGGUGGGCGUGGCAGAUGAUAAAGCACGAUAGUCAGGCACCUACCAAGUGAACUAUGUCACCAGCUCCUAACCUGUUUCCUCUUGUUAAAAAAAAAGUUGCAAUGCUAGGGACUUGACCAGAGCCUUGUGUGUACGCAGUAAGUGACCUGCCACCGAGUCACUUUGCUUUAAGCAUGUGGUUUCGCUUUAACUCACACCCUGAGUCUCACUGCUACUAUCUCUUCUGCAGGCUUGGUGGCCCGUGCCUAUAACCACCACUCAGGAGGUGGAGGCAGGAGAUCAGCAGUUCAGGGUCACUCACAACUACACAGUGAGUGUGGGCUCUGUGAGACUGUCCUCAGUCACCUCUCCCACGGGGGUGGGGUGGGGGUGUGGAGGUGGGGAGACCGUUCUCUCUAACCCUCGGCUUUGAACUGUAACCUGUCCACUUUUCUAUUUCAUCCUCUUCCCUACCCCCACAUCCGCAGCUGCCCUUGAGUCUUCUUCCCCAUUUCCACCAAAUAUUAUGGGCUGCGGUUGUCUUAGCAACUUAGCACAAAACACUGAGCGCCUGCAUGUCCCAUGCUGUCUGCUUUACUCUAGGAAGCAGUGACAUCCAUCAUCCUGUGUUUCAGCCUCGAGAACUGAGGGGCAAUGAAUGUGGGUAGGCUCAACAUGGAGUGAGGUUAAAAGUCUGAGCCAACUGUGUGCUUUAAGACAUGGUUGGGCUAUGUUAGGCCAGGCAGGUAAUCCUCCUGCCUCACCUCCCAAGUGCUAGCGUUAGAGGAGUGUGCUGCCUCGUUUAGCUUUGAGCCUGUUUAGCUUUUGAAGUCUUUAAGGAAUGACACUUAGGCUCUAAGUGAAAGAAAGUGACCUUAACAAUAAUGGAAUAGAAAAGCGGGUCAAUUCAGCUGCUCAGUCACUCUCAGAGGCGAUGUCCUGGGUAAGCAUUCUCAAGGGUUCAAGAUGUCUGCUCAAGCGUUCCACCAUCACCUCAAGGACCAUCUAGAGGCAGAAAACAACCUCAUCUCCUCUUGUGUCUCUCCUGAGGAUUGAAGGCUAUCCCCCAGGUCCGGCUACGGCAUAUUUCCUCCAUCUUAUCCAGAGGGUUAGUAGCCCAGGCUAACAAUCUAGAGAGUUUUAAAAUGCAGAGUUGGCUUGUCUGCUGGUUUCAGUCCUUUAUCCUUACACGACUCUCCUUCCCUGAACUCUCUGAGUGGGGGCCUCCUCUCUCCCUCCCACGGCGUUACCACUCACCAGCAUUCUGUGUCAGAAGGCGAGGCGUCCUCCUGAGGCCUUAGUAGCUGCUCCUUUCACUUAGCUCAGCGAGGCUGCUGACCCUCAGAGCCUUAGUAAGCUCAGGCAUUUUAACCCUCACACUGGAGAUCGGAGAAGUUGGGGGCAGAGGAAGUUAAGGUAUCUACUCCAAGAGGUUGAGGCCCUCAGACAGAAGCCAAGGCCUGCUGGGCCUUACGCCCCAGUUCUUGCCCCCGCUCCACAUUCUUCUGAGUUCAUAUCUCUGUGUCCUGGGUAUAUACUUGGGUGGUAGAGGACUUGCUGAGCAUGUGGCAGGUCUGUGUUUCCAGCUCUGGCAUACAGGUAUAGAUUAAUUUGGGCUUCAGAGCAGGUGGUAAACAAUACCAUCUGCAGUUGCACAUGAGGACAGCGGCUCAGUUUUACCCAGAGGCUCAUGGACCUUCUGCAUGGUGCAUCCUGCCAUCCUCAGGGUGCUGAGCCGAGCAGGGCAUAUCAAUGAGUGGAUGGAGUAUAGCAGCCAUCCAGUAAAUAACCCCUGUAUUAAUUCCAAUUACCUUACUGACCAUGCCUACAGUCUCUAGGCUUGCCCCGUCCCCACCCCAUUAUCUCUCUCUGGAUGACUCAAACUCUUCUUGAAGCCUCUUUCUACAAGCCUCACCGGGUACCACAACCCCCUCUCUUCAGCCAGGAAGGGCCUAAAGUAGGGAAUCUUUUGAGAUAGAGCCAAAUGGCCUGGCAGGCCUCAUCCCCCGCCUCCCACCUAGAGGCUUCGCAGGAUGAAGGCAGCUAUUCCCCUCAGCCCCUGCCCUGCUCCAUGUGCCAGCAUGGCACUGGCCCCAGGGAGACCAAGAAGCUGCUCUCCGUCCUGGUCUGCUGGCUUGGCCCUAGCAAUCCCCACCCUCUGCCCCGCCCCCUUCCUCCGGCCCCAUACCCCUGGACACGGUACACAGGGCCCAGAGUCCCUCCUGGAAGGGAAAUAGAAAGAACUGCUUCGGUUCCCAUGGCUAUGGUCAACACUUUCAUCCCAGGGCUCAGCCCUCAGAAUCCGCACUAUAUUCCGGGGUACACCGGACACUGCCCACUGCUUCGGUUCAGCGUGGGCCAGACCUAUGGGCAGGUGACUGGUCAGCUACUCCGAGGCCCUCCUGGUCUAGCCUGGCCUCCUGCUCACCGAACACUUCUGCCUCCCAUCCGGUCUCCAAGAUCUCCUGUGAUCUCCAGGAGGAGGCCGCCUCCCAGGCGUGGGCACGAAAGGCUCAGCUCCAGCGUAGUCCCUGGGUAUACAGGCUUUAUACCACAGGCACGGUUCAUUUUUGCCAAGAAUUGCAACCAGGUUUGGGCUGAAGCUAUGAGUGAUUUUACACAAAGGCGCGGGGCACAGGAGAGUCCUGAACUCCAGGAGGCCAAGGGAGAGGAGGAGGUGGAGAGGGACCAAGGGCCGGAGGCAGAGGAGCCACAGCUGAAGCACGAGUUGGCACAGGUGAGAUGGGGCAGGGCUGGUGGGGCAGGGCUGGGUGCCCGCUGUCUCCGGGGAGCCCGAAUUUUGUUUUUUCUUUCAUUAACUUCUCACCAGACCUCCCCCUACUCCAUGGAUGAUACAGACCCCCAGAAGUUCUUCAUGUCAGGUGAGAGCAAGUGGGCUGUGACCGAAGGCGUGAGGAGAACCCCAGGAUCCCCUGACUCAGCGUCACCCUCCCCCGCCCCCAGGCUUCACUGGCUACGUGCCCCGUGCCCGCUUCCUCUUUGGUUCCAGCUUCCCUGUGCUCACCAACCAGGCGCUGCAGGAAUUUGGACAGAUGUGCUCCGGGGGCAGGGUGCAGAAGGACCCCAAACCUCUUUCCCCACUCCCUAGGCCCAACUUUCAGAAUCUGGGUCUUCUACCUCACUAUGGAGGUUACGUGCCAGGUGAGAAGAGUCCGUGAGAGGCUUUGGGAACUGUGAUAUGUGCAGACGGGGCAGGGUGCUUGGGGGAUUGGAGUAAACAGAUGGCGGAGACAGGUCCGAUCUGUGAUCUCUGAUUUGGCUCUAGAGAGGAAACUUGAAGGCAGCUCAGCGGGGAGUUGGGGGCAGAUUUUAAAGGGCAGUUUGGAGUCUAUGCAUCUGGCUGGGAGUUAACUGGCUCUACAUGACAGACUCUCUCGGCCACACAGGGUAUAAGUUCCAGUUUGGUGGUACAUUUGGGCAUCUUACCCAUGAUGCCCUGGGCCUCAGCAUCACUCAGAAACAGCUCCUGGCCUAAGUACCUGGAUUCCAAAUUCUCUCUUCUCAUCCUAACUCACUGAUCCUUUUGGAAGGAAGGGAGGUGGGUGGGGGAGGGGCACCAAGAAAAUGGUUUGGAGGCUGAGCACCUUUUUAUUAUUAGGUGUAAUAAAUAAAUAAUAAAUAAAUAAAUACAUAAACAGAA